CGCUGAAUUUGACACGUGAUUGAAAUUGCACCGUCGACUGAAAGCAAAUCGCGGGAAAGAUAGAAAUAAGAUUGUCAAAGGAAACUGGGGAUCAUCAUUCAUCGUUGAAUUCUUGAAUUUACACAAUCUGCAAUCACAGCCAUGUCGUCACCAAGUAGUUCGGUCACCAGCAGCCCAAGGAGUCGUCGCAGCAGCAAACGAAAUCGAGCUGAUGAUGACACAGAUGUUGACAAGACACCAAACAAGCGAGGGCGUAAAGGUAGCCAACAAAGUGAAACACCUCGUCGAAGCACCAGGGAUGCUGCUGGAAUGUCCAGUGGAACACCAGGAGGGCCACGAACACCAAGCAGUCGAGUCGCCAAGCAAAGAAAUGCUGUAUCUCCACCAGCAUCUGAGGUUGGUAGGCCGUUGGACUCAUCCCCUAGUGGAGACCUACGCCCCAUGCCUUCCUCUCCUGCAUCUGGUGGAUUGCAGGAUAUAUCAGUGUUUUCAAGCCCUGGCUUAUCUAGAGCUGGUACCAGCGAUAUUGGGAUGAGCUCUCCUUUGAACUAUGGAACACCAAGCUCUCGAAUGAGUGGAACUCCAGGACGCAUGGCUGGCACACCCUUGAGGCCUCGAAAUGACAUCACCAGCAAUCGCAAGAUGAGGCAGGUCAACUUACAGUCAGAUCCUUCAGGAGAUGGUUCUGAGCCCACGGCUGCUGUUACCAGUGAACAGCCUGGCGGUCCACAACUGGUCAUCUGGGGUACCAAUGUGGUGGUCAGUGAAGCUAAAUCCAAGUUCACUCGCUUCAUCCAACGGUUCAUUGACCCUGAUACUGAGGAGGCUGAGGGUAUUGACCCCAACGAACCUCUCUAUCUCCAGAAACUUGAUGAGAUCAACACUUUAGAGUUGCCAUUCCUGAAUGUCAACUGCCAGCACUUGAACCAGUUUGACUCGGACCUGUAUCACCAGCUAGUUUGCUACCCACAAGAAGUCAUCCCGACCUUUGACAUGGCUGUGAAUGAGAUGUUCUUUGAGCGCUACCCUGACACAACACUGGAACACCAGAUCCAGGUGCGAACCUACAACACUGAGAAAACCAAAAAUAUGAGAUCGCUGAACCCAGAAGACAUUGAUCAACUGGUCACUAUCAGUGGCAUGGUGAUCCGUACGUCUCAGCUCAUUCCAGAGAUGCGAGAGGCAUUCUUCCGUUGCCAUGUCUGUGCCUUCACGACCACAGUAGAGAUUGACCGAGGACGUAUUGCUGAGCCUUCUGUCUGUCGUAACUGCCAGACCAAACAUAGCAUGGCACUGAUUCAUAAUCGCUCACAGUUUUCUGACAAGCAGAUGAUUAAACUACAGGAAUCACCUGAUGAUAUGCCGGCUGGUCAAACACCUCACACUGUUAUCUUGUAUGCCCACAAUGACCUUGUGGAUUCGAUACAACCUGGUGAUCGUGUCUCUGUCACUGGUAUCUACCGUGCAACUCCACUACGCGUCAACCCACGCCAACGCAACGUCAAGGCUGUGUACAAGACUUACAUUGAUGUCAUUCAGUUCUGUAAGGAUGAUGCUAGUCGACUUCAUGAGCAAGCGGGUGAUGGAGAUGAACAGCAGAUUUUCACUGAGGAGCGUAAGCAGCUGUUGAUUGACCUUUCCCAGAAAGAGGACAUUUAUGAGAGACUUGCUAGAGCUUUGGCUCCUAGCAUCUUUGAGAAUGAAGACAUCAAGAAGGGGAUCUUAUGUCAGCUUUUUGGUGCAACCCAGAAAGAUUUCUCUGAAACUGGACGUGCCAAUUUCAGGUCCCACAUCAACAUUUUGCUAUGCGGGGAUCCAGGAACAAGCAAGUCACAGCUGCUGCAAUAUGUAAACAACUUGGUCCCACGAGGGCAGUAUACGUCAGGCAAAGGAUCCAGUGCUGUUGGUCUGACAGCUUAUGUCACCAAGGAUCCUGAAACCAAGCAGUUGGUUCUACAAACUGGUGCUUUGGUGUUGAGUGACAAUGGCAUCUGUUGUAUUGAUGAGUUUGAUAAGAUGAAUGACAGCACACGUUCUGUUCUCCAUGAAGUUAUGGAGCAACAGACGCUAUCUAUUGCCAAGGCUGGAAUCAUCUGUUCUCUGAAUGCUCGUACUUCAAUCCUGGCUGCUGCUAAUCCUGUAGAUUCCCAAUGGAAUCCCAAGAAAACAAUCAUUGAUAACAUUCAGUUGCCUCAUACACUGCUGUCUCGAUUUGAUUUGAUCUUCUUGAUCCUGGAUCCCCAAGACGAGAUUUUUGAUCGGCGUUUGGCCAAUCAUCUGGUCUCACUCUAUCACCAGGGCGGUGAAGUAGAAGAUGGAGAGCACAUGGAUUUGGCUCUUCUCCGAGACUACCUCUCCUACGCUCGCACCUACGUCCACCCCAAACUGAGUGAAGAGGCCAGUCAGCUUCUCAUUCAUGCUUAUGUGGAGAUGAGGAAGAUUGGAAGUGCUAGGGGUAUGGUGUCUGCCUACCCACGACAGCUAGAAUCUUUGAUCCGUCUAGCUGAGGCUCACGCUAGGAUGAGGUUCUCUAAUGUUGUAGAGACAGUGGAUGUAGAUGAAGCUAAGAGGUUGCACUAUGAAGCUCUGAAGCAGUCUGCCUUUGAUCCACGGGAUGGUACCAUCAAUAUCGACAUCUUAGCUACAGGGAUGAGCACGUCUGCUCGCAAGCAGAGACAGGAAGUGAAGGGUGCCCUCAAGAAGCAGAUCGAAGGCAAAGGCCGAGUGGCAACCCUCAAGUACCAGACAACGUUUGAGGAGUUGAGGCAGCAGUCAGAGAUGCCAGUAACAAAGGAAAUGUUUGACGGGGCUCUGAGAGAACUACAAGAUGAAGACUUCCUGAUUUGGCUUGGCAAGACCAUCCGCCUUCUGAAGUAGAUGGAUUCAUGAUUGAUGACAGUCGCAAUAAAGGAUUUAUUUGACUUCAAUAAAUGCUGGUCAAAAAGUAGUGAAAACUUACAUAUACGAAUCAUGACUUUCUGAGAGUAGAUGUCCAUGAUGUCAAGCACACUCAAAUGUAUGAUACUGAUUUGCUGACCUCAUAAAAAAAACGUGCCAUUUCACAUUUUACAAUUCUCAAGGAUGAAAACUGUGCUUCGUCUGCCUGUAUUUUACCAGUUCUCACUGAGCAUUUAGAGGAUAACUAGUACUAACCCAUACAUCAAAUACAACACUUCACCAGGUUUUAAUAAUUUGCUUUUUGUAAAUAGUUUUCCUUUUUCUUCAAACUGAAGCUUCAUUAAAAGUAGGCUUAAAGGUUAACUGACCAAUCAGCAAGUGGCCGGUUAAGAUUUUUGAUGUAGUCCAAACUUUGAUUUAUAAUUUUAAUCAGUUAAAAUGAUUCAAGAAUCCUUGACAACUUACAUGUAUAUUUUCUGCUGUGGUAGCCACUGGUUCUUCAUGUAGCUACAUUUUGUGUUGCUUUUUCACUUGUAUCUGUGUUAACACUUUACAGGAAAGUAAACCAAGGAUUAAAUUUCCAAGCUUCUUCUGUUUUUUAUGUUAAGGCCUCAAAAAAAAAAUGGUCAUUAUCAGAGUACAUUUAAUGAAAAUAUACUGAAGAUUUCCAGAUUUUUUAGAGAUACAGAUAGACUGUAAGUUGACACAAUUUGUUAAGUUCAUGAGCAACAUAUUUACAUCUAGUCGAGAAGUUACGAACAGAAACGUGUUCAUUUGGACCUGACAAGAUUAAUAUAUAUUGCCAUGAAGAGAGGCGAAAGAUUCUUCAUUGAGAAUGAUAAGUCGUUCAUUUUAUAUUACGUUGAUUCUAUAGUAUCCACGUUUUGAGUAUUUGUAAAAUAAAGUUUGCAAAUUACGUUGGUGAGAAGUUGA